AUGCGGGAAUUCCUACAGCAGCUGAAAUCACAACAACAUCGGGAUCACAUAACCAAGUUUUGUGAUUCGGAAGGAAUCAAUUGGCACUUUAACCCACCUGGUGGUCCACAUUUUGGCGGUCUUUGGGAGGCCGCGGUUAGAUCGGCCAAACAUCAUAUGCUGCGGGUCAUCGGAGACACACCAAAGUCGAUCGAGGACAUGCAAACACUUCUCGUUCAGAUUGAAGCAUGUCUGAACUCGAGACCCAUCACACCACUUUCUGACGACCCGAACGAUCUGGAAGCACUCACCCCGGGACACUUCUUGGUCGGGUCUUCCUUGAGAGCACCACCCGAACCAGAUUACGACGAAAUUCCUGUAAAUCGGCUCAACUUCUGGCAGCAAAUUCAGCAGCAACGAAAACAAUUCUGGAUCCGAUGGAAACGCGAGUACUUGUGCCAGCUUCAGGCCCGAGUGAAACGUUGGCGACCAUCCACACCGAUAGCUGUUGAUGAGCUUGUCAUCAUUUGCGAUGACAACAAACAACCGAUUCACUGGAGGAUGGGACGAAUCGUUAAGGUACACCCAGGUGAAGACGGUGUAAUACGAGUCGUGACCAUCAGGACUGCGAAUGGAUUAUUAACACGGCCAAUCGAGAGAGUCUGCAUAUUACCGAAAUUCGAGGAAAAGGGUCAGCAAAUACCAUCGGAGGAGCCAGAGCCGAUUCAACCAUAG